AAACCAGAGGUUAGUGGGAUAGUUUCCUCCCCAUGCAAGACUUGCAUUGCGCAACAGCUCUCUGUCCUAGGGAUAGUUUGCCUAAUUAGGUGAACCGUAAUACGCACUAUCAUGGAGCUGUCACAUCCCUGGACUGGUUUAUGUCCUCUCUGCUCCUUAUCAGCGUGCAUAGCUACCCCAGUCUCCAAAUUCCAGCAGUCCAGGCACUUGACUGCCUAACAUUCCCUCCACCUGCCGCUCGCUCUCCUUAACCAACGCUUUCCUGGAUUUACCCAUUUCCUUCGAUGAACGUCUCUGUUUAGCGGACAACACAUGAGGAAUUAUUUCUCAAUGAUUCUCCAAAGUCUGAUCAAUAAACCCAAAGACAAGCCCAAGACAUGGGAGAGAGCAGGAACACAGCCUGCUAACAGGAAAAAGGAGAAAGUGACUGUGAAAAAGACAAUAUUAACCGUGUUUCUGAGCAACAAUGAGCAGAUUCUGACUGAAGUCCCUAUAAGCCCGGAGACCACAUGCAGAGAUGUUGUGGAAUUUUGCAAGGAGCCCGGGGAAGGUGCAUGUCACCUUGCAGAAGUAUGGCGUGGAAACGAGCGUCCUUUGCCUUUUGACCAUCUGAUGUUCGAGCACCUGCAGAAGUGGGGCCCUCGCAGAGAAGAGGUGAAAUUUUUCCUCCGACAUGAAGAAUUUCCAUCUGAAAAUAAUGAGCAGGGUGCUCGUCCGACAACAAAUCAGCGAAAUGGGGUGACUGGAGAGAAACGCCUUGAAAAUGGGGUAGGAAAUCCACGCGUUGAGCUGACACUCUCCGAGCUCCAGGACAUGGCCAGCCGUCAGCAACAACAGAUUGAGAAUCAACAACAGAUGCUGGUUGCAAAGGAGCAGCGCUUGCGCUAUCUGAAGCAGCAGGAGCGACGCCAGCAGCAGACCGUCUCGGAAACUGAGAAACUUCAGAAGCUCAAAGAGCGCGUGGAGACCCAAGAGAGCAAGCUGAAGAAGAUCCGUGCCAUGAGAGGCCAGGUUGACUACAGUAAAGUCAUGAAUGGAAAUCUGUCUACAGAAAUUGAGCACAUCAGUGAGAUGUUCCAAGAAAAACAGCAAGAGCUGCAAGCGGCUGUGAUGAAAGUGGAACAACUCACGCAGCAAUUGGAUGACCUCCGGAAGGGAAAACUCAAUGGGUUUCAGGCCUACAAUGGCCAAAUGUCUGGACCUGCUGCUCUGGAGCUGAAAAAGCUGUAUCAGGAACUGCAGAUCAGGAAUCGCCUCAACCAAGAACAAAAUUCAAAACUUCAGCAGCAGAAGGAAUUGUUGAACAAGCGCAACACUGAAGUCGCCAUAAUGGAUAAACGAAUCAAUGAGUUGCGCGAACGUCUCUACAAGAAGAAAGUUGAGGCACGUCAAAAAGAAAACAUUCCCCUGAAUCGCAUCAAUGGAGCGCCGUCUCCCCAGUCCACGUUAUCUGCGUCUGGGCGUGUAGCGGCCGUGGGGCCGUAUAUUCAGGUUCCUACCGCUGUGAAUUAUACCAUGCCUGCGGAUCCAGUCAAACCACAGUCUCUUUCUCUGACUGCCAGCGGAACACAUGCGCGCUCUAAGUCUGAGGCAGACAGUGGGUGUAUGAAAAAAUCUCCAGGUCCCUGGAAGAUUUCAGAUUUAGACAUCAUAGUGGAUCCAAUGCUAUCAUCUCCCACUUCUUCUCUACAAUCUUCUGAUCACAGUGUCAUCCUUCAGGCACCUGCUGUCUCUGGCACCUUGCACCCAAAUGAUGCCACUUGGCCAACCCUGAAACAAAGCACUAUAUCCGUGGCAAAACCGCCCCAGCUGAGCACAUUAGACCGGAAGGAAUCUGGAAUCGAUUCAACAUUCAAAGCUGGAGCUAUAUCCACUCAGCCUACACCUACGGCUCCCGUGGGAUCCACUGAGAAACUGGCUGCGGAUGCCGGAAAGCUCCCUCCCCCAAUGCCAGGUUUAAGCAAAACAUUGCCGCACAACUAUGGCAUGUACCAGGCUCCACUGCCUUUGAGUGCAACCAAUUCCUUAGAGAGAAGAAAGGAUGGAAGUUUGCCACGUCCUGGUUCUGGGCCAACCACGAGAACGCGGCCACUCCCUUUACCUGCAUCCAGCAACGUGCACCCCCCAGGCUCCUCACAACAAAUUCAGCAGAGAAUUUCUGUGCCACCGAGCCCUACGUACCCACCCUCAUCUUCCCCCUUGUUUCCUGGAUCGGACAGUAGGCCAGACCCGCCUUUGACCGUUGCUAUUCGACCUUUUCUUGCCGAAAAGGGGUCCAGACCACAGUCCCCAAGGAAAGGUCCUCAGACUGUGAAUUCAAGCUCCAUUUACUCAAUGUACCUUCAGCAGUCAACUCCACCAAAGAACUAUCAGCAAGCCGUUUAUAACACCUUAAAUAAAUCAGUGAAAGCAGUUUAUGGAAAACCUGUUGUACAGCCUGGAUCAACAAACUCCUCCCCAUUACCUUUCAUGCAUGGAGCAGGUCCACCCAACAGCUCAUACCCCCUGAGUGAAGGCGCAGACAAAGAGUCCGAGGUGGACGGAGUUCCACCAUCGGGUGAAACCAGUACUGUGGAAAACAUUCCCCGGCCUCUGAGUCCCACAAAACUAACUCCUAUAGUCCAUUCACCAAUGAGGUAUCAAAGUGACGCAGACCUUGAGGCAUUACGGAGAAAACUGGCCAAUGCACCUAGACCUUUAAAGAAAAGAAGUUCUAUCACAGAGCCAGAAGGUCCAAGUGGGCCAAACAUUCAGAAGUUGCUUUACCAGCGCUUCAAUACACUUGCUGGUGGGAUUGAGGCUGCACCAUUCUACCAGCAGAGCGGCUCUCAAGAGUUUGUUGGUGUAUUGGCCGACGUCAACAAUGGAAACGCCAGCACAAAUGGAAACCUCGAAGAGGCCGUUUCUCUGCAGCCAGCAAUGGUCCUCCCUAUUCCCGAUGCACAGAUUCCACCAGAUGAUAAUGACAAUAAGAUGUGUUCUCCUGUUACUGAAGAACUGAUUAGUGAAAUAAACCAGAUUUCAGAAACCACCGAAGACAAUAACAACAAUAAUAACCCUGUUAUAAUUCCUUCCAAUGAGAAGACGCCAAGCCCGAUACUUGAAGUUCCAUCUCCCGUGAAAGAAGAAUCUCCUCCCUCCCCACCGGCUCCAGCUCCGGCUCCAGCUAUUCCUCAAGUUAAACGCACUAAUCUAAAGAAACCUAAUUCGGAGAGGACAGGCCAUGGGCUAAGAGUCAAAUUCAACCCCUUGGCCCUGCUCCUUGAUGCCUCUUUAGAGGGAGAGUUCGACCUGGUUCAGCGGAUUAUUUAUGAGGUCGAGGAUCCCAGUAAACCCAAUGAUGAAGGAAUUACUCCUCUGCACAACGCAGUAUGUGCUGGGCAUCACCACAUCGUCAAAUUCCUGCUUGAUUUUGGUGUCAAUGUGAACGCAGCGGACAGCGAUGGAUGGACCCCUUUACACUGCGCAGCGUCCUGUAACAGUGUGCACCUCUGUAAGAUGUUAGUGGAAUGUGGAGCCGCCAUUUUUGCCACCACAAUCAGUGAUAUAGAAACGGCGGCAGACAAGUGUGAGGAGAUGGAAGAAGGUUACAUUCAGUGUUCACAGUUCUUGUACGGAGUUCAGGAGAAACUUGGAGUUAUGAACAAAGGUUUGGUGUAUUGCUUGUGGGACUAUGAAGCCCAAAACCCAGACGAGCUUGCUUUCCGUGAAGGAGACGCCAUUACGAUUCUCAGGCGUAAGGAUGACGUGGAGACAGAGUGGUGGUGGGCACGACACAGUGACAAGGAAGGAUAUGUGCCGAAAAACCUCCUGGGGCUUUACCCACGAAUAAAACCCAGGCAGCGGACCCUCGCCUAAAAUACCUGGAAAAUCAUCACGUCCUGCUUUAGAAAAUGCAGAGCCAAACCAAUGUAUAGAUAACACUGUAAACAAACAUUUCAUCGGACCUUUUAGUGAUAACAUUAUUCAAAAAGGUGCUUUAUUUUUAAAAGGACAGCAUUUCAAAGACAAAGCAUCUUGGGAAAUAAUUGAAAUCUCCACUACAUUUAUCCUGAUCUUUUGACAAACGAGUGGCACUUUCCUGUCGUAGUGUGAGCUUAUUUCUCAUAGCCAAAAUCAAUCAUCUCUGCACUGCGUUUAAUGAGACAUUUGGACCGUUUCCCUGUUUAUAAUCCUCUUCUCCGGUACCACCUCUGACUGUGUGCACAUUAAGUUUGAAGCAUAUUUUGCCUGCCUGCGUAUUAUACCAGUAAUGUUUCUAGUGCCUGUGGUUAUCGUCCCCCAGUGACUGCACCCAGAAUAGGCACUCAAUGAAGACUUCACAUUUGCUCUUUUUGCCCUGACCAGGAAAUGAUCUAAUUAUAGUGCAUUUCAAAGAAGGUUCUUUUUUUUUUUUUUUUGCCAGCACAGAGUGUCCUAAGACGAUAUUCACAUACAGCACUUAGGGACAUGCUAUGUUGAAGGAUUUGUAGGUGUGUGUGAAUGACUGAUAGGUUGAAGAAGAUGGCGUGAUUAAAGUAUGUGAAGAAUUGGCUUAUUCUACUGGGUGUUUGUAUAAAGGAAGUGUAUGAAGGAUUCGGAUAUAAUUUAUAAUGGAGAAACUAUAAGUGUGGAGACAGGUUGUUGUAUGCAGAGCCAAGACAUAAUCCUAAGGAAUAAAUUAUUCCUCAAAGUAUUAACAAUAAGACGCUGAGUUUGGAUGUAAAGCAUCAAAAUGUUCCAUACCAGCUAACAUUUACACAGAUUCCUUCCCAUCGUUAUUGAGCGAGUGUUUGAAGUAGAAGCCACCUUUUGGGAACUCUGACUUGCAUUAUAAACCGUCCCCGCUUUCCCCAGACGGCAGCAAACACUAAACUUAGAUGAGAAGGGUAGGGGUUUGGUGAGACGGAUAAGCGAUUAAGAUGUUUGAAAUGACCUACACGGUUCAUCCAGGGAACAGCUGCUAUUGCUAAAUGUUUGAUCUCAGAAUUCUUUUUGAAAGUCUGCUCCUUUCUUCUAGCGUUAUUUAUGAUAGUCUUAUUUACUGUAAAGGCCAGUGCUGCAGUAAAACACGGUCCUUUUCCAUGCACUGACCGCUCUGGCCACUAGGGGUCAGAUUCAAAUACAACUUGCUCUAAUUGUUCUGUAAUAGUAACCGAGUGUAUGGCAGGUCUGAGUCUGUUCAUUUGUCACAUUAUCUCGUGUAUGGGUUUGUAGUAAACGCUAUUCCUAUUUCCUUUAAGUCGUCUUGAUACUAAAGGGAGUUCUUUUCGAAUGUGUAAAUUUGAAAAUGUUCAUAAUAGAUUAAGCAGAAUGCUGGGCUUCUAGAAAGGAGUUUGCUUCCAUUCAAUUUAUAAAGUCCCAUCUACGUCAGUUACACUUGUGGUUCAUCCGAAUCAAGUUCCUUUUAAUUCUCUCCCGAAGGAGUCCACGAUUGACCUGUGGAAUCCUAGAUUCGUCUUGGGUGUGGAUUAAAAGGAAUAUGGUUCACUCCACACAACUUUCUGUACAAGUCUAAAUUACACAAUUUAAUUACUUCUUUUUUUGUGUUUAACCGAUUGUGCCUAUCAUCACUUGGUUGUAACAAGACAUUAAACCCACACAUAAAUGAUUUUAUACCAAGAGAUAAUCUCAAAGCUUUUGUUUUACACUUACUUUAGCACUGCAACAUGUUUGAUCUGUAAAAUGUUAAAGGGAGAAAUUACAGGUCGCAAAACACGUCUAUAGAAAGGGAUUAUAACUAGAAUCUAGUAACUCACAAACGUGUCUCCACACAGGGUUUCAUGCAUGCGUGCCAUGAGGGAGCUGCAAUGUAGGUAUAGGAAGGUCUGUGCACAUUGGUGGUUGGAGGAUGGUGUGAGUGUGUCUGGGAGGAUUUCCAUUUAAAUGGUUGAAGGGGUUUGCGUUUGGUUCACGUUGGAAGGUUUGCAAUAAGUUACACUGUAUAGUGAAGCUGAAAGGCAUUUGUGGCAUUUACUGUCCCUGCUUUAAAUACCAGAAGUAUUUUUGUUUUUUUCUCUCAUUUUUAUUUAAGUUGUAGACUGUUUAAAUCUGCGGCUGGGAGUUGCCAGCCUUUCACAGAGUGCAUAUAGUUUUAUAUACAUUUUCAGUCCCACUGUGCUAAAUAUGUUCUUAAAAUGUUUGCAUUAAGUGUAUAUAUUGUGGUGAUGGUGGAAACUAAGGGUAUUUGUUUAAAAUUAUUUGCUACUACUGAAGUUAUUUCUGGAUGGUCUAAGUGAAUAGAAUUCAGAAAUUAACAAACCUGUAAAUUUAAAAAAUAAAAUACUGCUAUAGCAUGUUCAAAUAUUA